CCUUCAUCUCCCUGAGCGACAUCAGCCCCGCCCUCAGGAGGAUGGCUUCCUACGGCUACAGUAUGCUAGGAUACGGUCCGCCUCCAUCCUACGGCGAGGACGACCUUGAAAUCUAUGAGGUCCGAUGGACCGCUCUGGGACGGCCACAUCGCCGUCGGGGACUUCAUCUCGCCGAUCGUGUCAGCUGUGAGCAACUCCGACCUGGGCUUCGGGGGGGGAGGGGGAGGGUACGGCGAGGAGAGGGUUGUCAAAGGCUACGACGGGCGGCUGGGCGUGCGGGUGGCGGUCCCUUAUUUGGGAGACUUCCAGGUGACCAGAGAAUUCGGGCCGGGGAAAUAUGGGCAUGACCUGGGACCCGGGAAGUACCCAUACCCAGGGUAUUCAAAGGACUCUUCGGGAUCGCACGGCUACGGCAGCUACGGGGUUCCCAACCACGGCGUCCCCAGCCACGGGGUCCACAGCCACGGGGUCCCCAGCCACGGGGUCCCCAUCCCCAUCCUUCCGUCGGGAAAGAAGAAGAAGAAGGUCAAGAAGCUGGGACUCAAGGGACUCUACAAGGGACUGAAGAACUACCCCUGGCACGGCCGGAGGAGGAGGUAGAUCUCGAGACCUCCUCCUCGGCUUGGGUUGUAAGGAAGCGGAAGAGAUCCUGGGGUUCUUAUAGGACUGGAGUGCGUGUGUGUGUCUGUAUGUGUAUGUGUGUGUGUCUGUGUGUCUUUGUG